AGUUACAAAACAAAAAAACUUCACAGUUACGAUUCAGUAAUCGGAGUUCAGACUUCAGAUUUCUUCUAAAAACUCGCUCAUUUCGUAGAGUUUGGGGCGCGCACAGUUUGAAUUUCUUCGAUUUUCUCUUGUUGCGCUUGUUUUGGUGAAUUUGAUUUCUCGUCCUCUCUCUUUGAGCUUGUUCUGGAAAAUGGGGGAAGAGAAAUGGUGAGCGUGAAGUAAAAUUAUCAUCUUUUUGGGUCUUUAGGAAUUGAAAAGCUGAUUUGAGUGGAGAUUAUUUCUGGGUGCUGAGAUUUGAAACAAUUUUGUAAUUUUUUAAAAUGACAUUUUCUGUUGAAUAAACCAUAUUUUACCAUGGAGAUAAAUCUUGAACUGCCUUCAUGCGAACAUGAGAAAUUAGAGAUUGGAUCAAAUUCAAAUGUCGAUGAUGUGGUUAGUGCAGAUGGAAUACAUGUUGAGGAAGAGGUUUUAAAUUCUCCUACAACGAGUGAACAAGUUGAGGAAGUAAAUGGACCAAAUUCAAAUGAAAGUGUUAUCGGUGUUUGUAAUGAGGUUGAUGUUGACACCAUUGUGCUGAAUGUUGAUAAAGGGGCCAUUCAUGAGCCCCAUAAUGGAUUAGAAUUUGAGUCAAAGGAGGCAGCAUAUUCUUUCUACAGAGAAUAUGCUCGGUCUGUGGGAUUUGGCAUCACCAUAAAAGCUAGUCGGCGCUCAAAAAAGUCAGGAAAAUUUAUUGAUAUAAAAAUUGCGUGUUCAAGAUUUGGAAGCAAGCGUGCCUCUAGCACAUCUGUGCAACCACGGCCAUGUAUAAAGACAGACUGCAAGGCAGGCAUGCAUAUGAAGAGGACAUCUGAUGGGAAAUGGGUUGUGCAUAGUUUUAUCAAGGAGCAUAACCAUGAGAUUUGUCCAUAUGAUUUUUAUAAUUCUAUCAGGGGACAUAACAAGCAAUCAGGUAUUGUUGCUUGUCAAAAGAAGGGUCUGCAACUGGCUUUAGAUGAGGGAGAUGUGCAAGUGAUGCUUGAAAAUUUCAUGCACAUGCAGGAUUCAAAUCCCAACUUCUUUUAUGCAAUAGACUUGGACCAUGAAAAGCUUUUAAGAAGUGUGUUCUGGGUUGAUGCAAAGGGUAGGCUUGAUUUUAACAAUUUCUGUGAUGUAGUUUUCUUUGAUACUUUUUAUGUUAAAAAUAAAUAUAAAGUUCCUUUUGUUCCUAUCAUUGGAGUUAAUCAUCACUUCCAGUACAUUUUGCUGGGAUGUGCAUUGAUUGGUGAGGGGACUACAUCAACUUUUGUAUGGUUAAUGCAGACAUGGCUUAAAGCAGUAGGUAGCCAAGCUCCAAGAGUAAUAAUCACUGAUCAAGAUGAGUUCUUGAAAGAAGCUGUUGCAGAUGCUUUUCCUAAUACACACCAUUGUUUUUGUCUAUGGCAUAUAUUGAGGAGGAUUCCUGAAAAAUUGGGUGGUAUUGUAAAUGUAAAUGAAAACUUUAUGGAAAAAUUUAACAAAUGCAUUUACCAGUCUUGGACUGACGAACAUUUUGAAAGGAGAUGGUGGAAAAUGGCUGAUAAAUUUGAACUGAAGGAGGAUGAAUGGUUCCACUCAUUGUAUGAAGAUCGUAAUAAGUGGGUGCCAGCUUUCAUGCAAGAUUCCUUUUUAGCUGGACUGUCUACAGCUGAGAGAUCUGAAAGCGUACCCUCGUUCUUUGAUAAGUACAUAUGUAGGGAAACUGCAUUCAAGGAGUUUAUUGAGCAGUAUAAAACAUUUCUUGAAGACAGAUAUAAAAUGGAAACUGAAGCUGAUUUUGAAACACGCUACAAACAACCUGCAUUAAGAUCUCUCUCACCUUUUGAGAAACAAAUGUCAAGAGUUUAUACUGAUGCAAUAUUUAAGAAGUUUCAGGUUGAGGUUCUUGGAGUAGUUUCAUGUCAUCUGCAAAAGGAAAGGGAAGAUAAAGGAACUGUGAUAUUCCGAGUUGAUGACUUUGAAGAACGAAAGAAUUUCAUUGUAGCUUGGAAUGAAGCAGAGUUAAAUAUAUGUUGUUUAUGUCGUUCGUUUGAAUAUAGGGGUUUUCUUUGUAGACAUACACUACUUGUUCUUCAAAUUUCUGGUGUUACUAACAUCCCAUCCCGCUAUAUUUUGAAACGCUGGACAAAAGAUGCAAAAGUCAGGCAAACAAUUAGUCACAUAUCAAAUGGCCUUCAUUACAGGGUACAACGUUUCAAUGAUCUUUGCAAAAAUGCCACUAGAUUGGUUGAAGAAGGGUCUUUAUCGGAAGAGACUUAUAAUAUAGCAUUUCAAGCAUUAGAGGAAGUAUUGAAUCAUUGUGUGGAUGUGAACAAUUCUGUUAGGAGUAUUUCAGAGCCUAACACAAUGGCAAUUCAUGGUUUCCUUGACAUCGAAGAAGAGAAUCACAACAACAGCAUGCCUAAAUCAUCCAAAAAAAAGAAAACAUAUCACAAAAGAAAGGGACGUUGUGAGCUAGAUGGAAGAACUAUUGGGAUGCAAGAGAACUGCCCGCAGAUGGAGCAGAUGAACUCAAGAGCACACAACUUGGAUAAUUGUUAUGUAUCUCAACAGGACAUGCAAGGGGUGGAUCUGAGUUCUAGAGCUUCUACGCUUGAAGGAUAUUUUGAUGCUCAACAGAGUAUACAUGCUGUGGGGCAGUUGAACCCAAAUUCUCCUAUACGCGAUGAUUAUUAUAGCAAUCAACAGGGCAUCCAGGAGCUGAGACAGUUGCAUUCAGUAGCAACACGUGUUGGUCAAUAUGGGACCCAACAGAGCAUGCAAGGACUGUUGCACGGACAGCUUAGUUUCAAAGCACCAGACAUACACGGGUGUUUUGACGUGCAGGACAAUCUGCAAGAUAUGGAACAGUCAAUGGGCUCCUCACAGUUUCACAAUAUUGCUUCAAAACAUCUGCACAAUAAGCACCUUUCUCGGCAGCUGGAAAGGUAGCAUGCCCAUCCACUCAGAUUAGAUGAGGAUAGAUAGAGCAGUUGUAUUAAUUCCCAAGUUUAAUUUAGUUAAUUGAUUUUUCUUUCUUCUAAAGAUGCAUUUUAGUCGUUAAAAAGCUGUGUAUUUAAGGUAUACAAUGUAUAUAUCUUCUUUUUGUCGUUUUUCUUUUUCUCUUCUCUUUCUUCUAUACCAAUUAUUGGUAAACUCAAGAUUUCAAGUGAGAUGACUUGAAUCUUGUAUCAUUUAAGAAGAUUCAUGUCUCAAUCCUGAAUCCUGUUGUAUUCCUUUUUUUUUUUGAAGCUUUAGUAUCCUGUAUAAUUUCUUACUGAAGAUAUUAUGUUACCUCUUAUUCUACUACAUUUAUCAAAUGACUGAAUCAGUUUGUAUC